AAGAAGCCGCGGCGGGCGCGGCGGCGGCUGGCGAUGCGGGCGGCUGCGGGCACCCGGCGGGCUCGGCUUGGCCGCCGCCGCCUUCUUCGGCUCCGCCGCGGGGGUCGCAGCGGCUGCCGCGCCGUCCUCGAGCUCCCAGCGUGAGGAGGCGGCGGGCAGAGAGAAGCAUCACGCUCCAGGCGGAGACCCAGAGGGAGCCCCGCGCGCGGCCUCGCUCAUUGCUAUGGACAGUGCUAUCACCCUGUGGCAGUUCCUCCUUCAGCUCCUACAGGAGCCUCAGAACAAGCACAUGAUCAGCUGGACCUCUAAUGAUGGGGAGUUCAAGCUCUUGCAGGCAGAAGAGGUGGCUCGUCUCUGGGGGAUUCGUAAGAACAAGCCUAAUAUGAAUUAUGACAAACUCAGCCGAGCCCUCAGAUACUAUUAUGUAAAGAAUAUCAUUAAAAAAGUGAAUGGUCAGAAGUUUGUGUACAAGUUUGUAUCUUACCCAGAGAUUUUGAAAAUGGACCCACUGACCGUGGGCAGGACUGAGGGAGACUGUGAAGCCGUGAGCUGCGGUGAAGUUGGCAGCAGCUGCAGGGACCCCGAGAGCGGGGGCAGAGAGAAGCCCCAGCAGCCCGGGGCCCGGGCCUCCAGCCGCAAUGACUACAUCCACUCCGGCUUGUAUUCUUCCUUUACUCUCAACUCUUUGAACUCCUCCAGUAAGAAGCUCUUCAAACCUAUAAAGAUUGAGAGUCCAGCUGAGAAGCUGGCAGACAAGAAGCCGCCUCAGGAGCCAACACCGUCUGUCAUCAAAUUCGUAACAACACCUUCCAAAAAGCUGCCAGUUGAACCUGUUGCUGCUGCCCUGUCAGCCGGCCCAAGCAUUUCUCCGUCUCCAGAAGAAACGCUCCAGGCGUUGGAGACUUUGGCUUCCCCCAGACUGCCUUCCCUGGAAGCCCCGGCCUCUGCAGCCGGCGGCACCCCCGCCUUUGCCACGCCCCCCAUCUCCGCCUCCCCUUCUGUGCAGGAGCCCCCCAGGACCCCUUCACCACCGCUGAGCCCCACCCCUGACAUCGACACCGACAUCGGGUCCGUGGCCUCGCAGCCCAUGGAACUUCCCGAGAACUUGUCACUGGAGCCUCAAGACCAGGAUUCAGCUUUGCUGGGAAAGGACAAAACAAGUAAUUCCUCAAGAUCCAAGAAACCCAAAGGCUUAGAGCUGGCACCCAUCCUUGUGAUCACGGGCAGUGACCCGAGCCCCCUGGGAAUAUUGAGCCCGUCUCUCCCCACGGCUUCUCUUACGCCAGCACUGUUCUCACAGACGCCCAUCUUACUGACGCCGAGCCCCUUGCUCUCCAGCAUCCACUUCUGGAGUACUCUCAGCCCUGUUGCUCCCCUGAGUCCAGCCAGACUGCAAGGUGCUAACACACUCUUCCAGUUUCCUUCUGUACUGAACAGUCAUGGACCAUUCACUGUGUCUGGCCUGGAUGGACCACCCACCCCUGGCCCAUUUUCCCCAGAUCUACAGAAAACAUAACCUAUGCACUUGUGGAAUGAGAACCAAGGAAUAAAGAAACAGAGUCGUUCAACAUGAUUACAUUUGAAGUGAGCAGUUAGUAGUUCUACAAUGCUAAUAAUAGACUAUUGUGAUUUUUGCCAUUCCCCAUUGAAAUGCCUUUUUAAGAUUCCCUUUGAAUAUGACUCAAGUUGGACUGUAUAUAAAAAUGCCUUAAUUGGAGUCCAAACUCCACCUCCCUCUUCCUUCCUUCACUCCUUCCUUCCUUCCUUCCUUCCUUCCUUCCUAAGUAUUUUGAGCUUUGUGUUAAAGAUAUUUUUGGUGGGGUUUAACAGCUAGCUAUGCUUUGCAAGAGCAGUUAAGAACAAAGUUACUCCUGCCUUAUUGGGACCCUUUGGCCAGGAAAACGAUGCUUUGAGUGUAUUAUUUGGAGAAAUGUGAACUGCAGUUGUUGGCUGUAUCUUCAGGACUAAGUGUGUUCUGUGGAGUAACUGAAAGUGAGCUGUGUAAAGGCAGUGAAGGAAGAGGAAUCCUUCCUGUUCACACAAAGUAAGAUUGGAGCAGUAUUAUCGGAGAGAUUCUAUUUGACUGUAAAGGGGAACGUAUGUAAGCAACUCUACAGAAAGACAUCUUACUUACCUUUAUCAUGUGGGUUUCUUAGCCAUAAGUGUGAUCGUGUUUGAACCUGUGAACAGAGCAUGGAGCCUAGUCUGUUUCAACACAGGAAGAUGUUUUAAACUUGGGGUUUAAGACAGCGUUUGCAACAACCAGUGAGAAUAGGGGACCCCAUCUCCAGCAUGGAAGUACCGUCAAGUCUCUGGGUGGUAUGAUUACAGCCCCGUGGUACACAGCCUGGUAAGUGAUGGCUUUUAGGGUGAAGCUGGGUUUUGAAAUCUUGAGGCAUCUCUGAAUGAAACAUUCAUCUGAAUGACUUGAAACAACAUGUGGGGCUGUCCCCAGUUAGAAGAGACUUUUUCUUUCCUGUUCAUUUUACUCUAUUUUCCACUGCAUAUUUACCUUCUUUUAAAUUUAAGGUUGUUAGGGGUUGUAAUAGUUUUAAAGAUGUUAUUAGGAAGAUGAAAAGCAAAGCAAAGCCUCCAAACCUCAGGUGAGGUAAAGAUGUGCUUAUUUCUUUGACAGAAAAAUUUUUUUUAAUUAGAGAGCCACAGAAUUUGUUUGGAAAUACUUAUACACAGGGAUUGGAUUGUUCACAUUAGUAGUGAGAAAUGUAGGCCUUCAUCUCUACGUUACCACAUUUAUAAAAUGUUACCAUAUGGUGAUCAGUGCCAGGUGCACACGGAGUUGUGGAGCCUCCAAACUGAAUUGAUACCAGCAUCACAGUGGAAUCUUCUGAAAAACUUGGCUUUGAAAGUCUAGGAUUAGAUUAUAUGCCACCACCACAACACUGCCCAUUAACCUCAUUUUUUAACUAUAGAAACAGUUCUAUAAUUGAGACCCAUAAACUGAAGGGAAAGAGGGAGCAAGCAUUGGAGGGCUCAAAAUGACACUGAGACAAACCAGCAUCUUCCAGAUGUAUAAUCCUUACUUUAAAUGUUUCUGUACAGUGUAGAGAAGCUGUAGUGUGAGGCACCCAGACACCCAUGCUAGGUUAGCAGGAGUGGAGGGACAAUAUUCGGGGAGCUGUCUUUAUGUUUGUAGUGUUGAAGACCUGUUCGCGAUUCAUUUGUGGUCACCAGCUGAAAGAUCUGUUCUUGGGGUGUUCUGGAGCGAUGGGGAACAGAUGGUGGGACUUGUCUCCCACACUGAGUCAUUUACUUUGCAUGCUUGUUUGAAAUCAGACCUCUCAGCAGCACUUUGGAAUAGUUAUUAGGUUAAUGAAUAUUUUGUACUUUAAAUGUAAGUAUUGAUGGCUUGGUUUAACUAGAUAUUUUAAAUUUUGAAAGCACAAAAGUAUUUUAUCUCUUUGAAGUAAGGGAGAAAAGCCAUUGGUUGUUUUCAUAGACAAUAUCUUUGAAGAUUACCUAUCUCAGCACAGGGGUGCCUGGGAACCAAGGGCACCAUUAAAACUCAGUCACAGCACCUUCCUAGGAACCAGUUUUUGUGAGUCCUCUGUCUAUAAACCUACCCCGGAAGCCUCCGAGAGGUGUGGGCCUCAGGAGAUUGAUGAUCUGCUUUCUCUUUGAGAUCAACUGACGUGGAGAAGUGUGCGUGCGUGUGUAUGUGUGUGUGUGUGUGUUUCCUUUUUUAAAUGAAAGUUUACAACCUUAGCUCAAGUGUAUGAGGCAGACCGUUCUGUUUGUAAACUACCUCUUUCCUGGAAAAGUCUCAGCUUCAUGUUUUUUGAACAUCCAGAGUUCUUAGCAUCAAAAGGUAACCUACCACUUAAGCUCAGUGUUCACUGGGGAGCCUUCUGUUUGGUAUCUGUAGCUGGUACCCAUCACGGGUCAUUUUGCCGGGAUGAUGGCUGGUGGGCCAAAGUAGCCCACGUUAAGGGAAGGGAGCAGGUUGGAUGAGUUUUUGAGACAUCUGUGAUUAUCUUAGCUUUUCAUCUGCCCUGGCCCAUAUCUCUACUCAUUUGUAUGCUGGGAAAUGUUUAAAACAACCAGGCUCUCUGAAGGGGAGGAAAAAAAAAAAGUCCUUAAAUUGUAGCAUUUGCUGAUUUCCAUGAUGUAAAUGACUCCACCUGUGGCUGAUUUGAAGCCGCUGCCUUCAAGUUGAGAAUGGAGGGGCACAGCGCUGCACUCUUGGCCGGCGGCCACCGUGUUCAUUCCAGCCUCGGGUGGGUUUUCACAUAAUUUCUAAAAUCAUUUUUUUCUUGUUCCUAUGCUGGUUUUUUAAAAUACAAAAUUAAAAUCACAUGUCUAACUUAAGUAAUUUUUUUUUUUUAAUGGUUUGUCAAUGCUUUUGUGAUGUAAUGUUCCUUAUGGUGUAUUUUGUGUGUUCUAACAAAGGUGAAAACUUCCAUUGAUUUUUAAAAAUACGUACUUAAGGGAAUGAUCCAGAAAUCCUCAAAAAGUCCAUGUAAACUUCUUAGAAUUAAAACAUAGGUUUAAUUUUUCCACAUUUUGAUGGCUAAAAUAAGAGUAUAAAUUUUUUCUUCAGAUUUUGACAGAAAAAGUAAGCCCAUGGGCCAAUAUAUAUACACACAUGUAUGUAUAUAUGGUGAAAGGGUACUGGAUUUUUUUUCCUUUAAAUUUUUUUAUUCUUAUGUUAAUCACCAUACAUUACAUCAUUAGUUUUUGAUAGGGUACUGGAUUUUUUUAACUGGAAGAAUUCCUUGACUUUUUACAUACUGUACUAGAGAUCCAAAAAGGCAGGUCUGUUGAAUCUAUUCACCUGGCACAAUUUCUAGUUUUCUCCAUACUGUGUGUCACUCAGGCUUGGAGGGGAAAGGAAGUCAGAGGCUUGGGAUGAUGCCGCCAUCAGAGCAGGCUCUGGGUAGUAACACGGCAGACCCGUCCCUAGCGGGCGUUGUGUGAGGUCUGGCGCAGUAACCUUGUCUUAUCCUGAUCUCAGAAUAUUUGUUAGGAUUGUGAAGUUCUAAAGGCAGUUUUGUAGGUUUCUAGGGAACGUAAGCCCCUGGAAGCACCCCCUGGCAUUUCAGGAAAGCGGCCUCCAGCCUUUCCGAGCACAUACCUUGCCCAGUAAAGGUUUUUGAACACCAGUUUCCUCUUGCAAAAUCAUACGUGUGUAAGUUGUUAACUGCUGUGUGAAAGUCACAUGUACAUUAUAAGACAACAUAAAAAUCGGAAUUAAGGAUGAUGUAAAAAGGAAAUCUUGACUGGAAGUUCUAGGGAGAUUGUCUUGUGCACCUUCUGGCAGCACAUACUCUCUACCUGAAAGACCACUGACUCAGGAUAUUGUUUACAGUCUGAUCUUGAAAACAAAAGGUGCAUGCUUUUGUUGUGAUACAUGGAGAAACCCUUUACAUGUUUGCUCUGAUUUUCAUGUCAAAUCUCUAGAAGUUCAGUUUGGAAAUCUUCGGGAAAGGUUGUCUUCAAUUUCCUGAAGUGUUAUAUUAAUUCUUUUUCAUACAUGACCCCCCCUUACCAGUGUUUUCUAGAGCUUCAUGCAUAGUAUUUUUGACAGCCUCUUGUCUCUUUUCUCUCCAAAUUAGGUAUGAUUCUGUAAUUGACUUUUAUUUUACUAGUCUGCUUACAAACUUCUUUUGGCCUUAUUAAUGUUAUGUUUUACCAACAAAUUCUGAAUUAUUUUAAGUUGCUUUAUGCAAAACUAUAUAACAUCUUCCAUUUUCUUGCUGCAUUCAUAAGUUUUGAUUUUUUAUUUUUUGGAACAUUUCAGCAUCUGAAGAAAUACUUUCCUUGAUGGGCCAGUGCUACUUAUCACUUCACUAACUUGUAUAUAUUUUAGUUAUCCAUGCCAGAAAUCUAGAAUUGUGCUCAGGCGCUGCUCUUAGGUGUGUAGACCAGUCUGGAGAGGAGUGCAGGUGUCUUUGUGCAGAAACCUGGAGCUCUGAGUGAAUCACCAAACCAACGGGGAAGUUAAAAAGACUACUCACCGUGUUAUCUGAGGGAAGGACAGAAAAUGUUACUUCUAAAUGGAGCUGAGAAGUUAAUUGUUCCCCCCACAGUAGGGAAGUGGAGGUCAACAUUAAUUUUCUUUCUUUAGCAGGUCCCCUAACUGGAGAUGGGUUCUGUGGAAAACAUUUUAUGAAUUAUUUUCUUGGUUUUGGGUCAACAAAUAAAUGUUAUUUUUAAUGCUGCAGGCAUUACCUGAAACAAGGUGCCCUGUUAUUCCUCUUAGGUCAUCAGAAUUCUGCUUACUGGAGUUUGAAGUUUUAAUCUUAGAAUCUAGAAUUCUUGUGGGUGGUAGUGUAUUAAGCAAGAAAAGAAGGCGGUUUGAUUUCAUUUCUCGUACUUGGUGGAACCUGUUAGCAUAAAAGUCAUGUUUUGACCUGUAAACACAGCAAUCUGAAAGGUGAGUUGUUGAUGUGGUUUAAAUGUUCCAUUUGAAGCUGCCAGUUUCUUCAGGCUUUUCCAAAAAAAAAAAAAAAAGAAAGAAAAGAAAUUGCAAUAGAUUGACAGCCUGCCAGAAAAUGGCAGCUAUAUCGUGAGAUCGGGAGGCCCAGAGUGGCUUUUGCGAGAGGGGAGGCGUUGGCUUUCAGGCUUUCCACAGAAACCAAGAUGUUCAAGCUGUUAACAUCGUUUUAAAUGAACCCCCUAACAAAACUCAGGAGGGAUACAAUCAAACACAGUAAGGCUCUUGAACUCUAGUUUUUUAGUUAUAAUACACAUCAGAAAGUUUUGUGAGAUUUAAAGUUUUAUUUUUAAAGAUGUAAUUGGAAGACUAGAGCAUUUCCUUCCAAGUCAUUCUGAUGUAUUGGCUGAGUACCUGUGUACGUGUGGAUAUGCUGAUGUGCUGAGUGUGUGUGCGUGCAUGCGUGGAAAUAAAUCUUUCAGAGGGAACGUAGAGUUUUCAUUCUCUAGGAUGGCUCCUAGGCUAUUUUAUGUGAAAACUUAAAAAAAGAUUGGCCGCACUUUACAGUUGCCACUUUUAAAAAACAAAUGCCUUGCACAUAUAUUUUUAAAUCCCUAGAAUCAUCGACCUUAAAAGACUUAAUUGCUUGCCACCAUUUUAGAGCUGGAAGGCUGCCUGUGACAUGUGCUGAACAAAGCUGCGUUGACCCGCUCUCCUGCGCGUGCAUCACUGCCCUUUCCUAACAUUUCUACACUUCCGCUUUUGUGUAGAAACCUCAUUUUGGUGGGGUCUAAAUUUCUCAGAGAGGGGGUUUAUACAAAGUAGUAUUUCUAAAGUACAGAUUUGAUCGUGAAUUGAUGAAAUGGUGGGGGAGUUCUGGCACCGUAGCCUAGUUUAUCCUUCUAAACUGUACGGAAGAAGCAUUAGCAGAAACCUCAGAGUAUCUUGGGCUGAAUGUUCUUCUCAGCUUUGCCUUGUUUCCCAUCUCAUAAGGGCCCGUUCUGACUCUUGUCCCUCCAAGGAUUAUAAGCUGUGCUAGGACAGGCCUGGGACCUUCUGGACAAGGGUGGGCGCGCCCUGAGGCCAGGCCAGAGUUCUAGCCAGUAGAAUCAUGCAAGUAUGCCUAGAAUAGAGUUCAGGGGUGGGAAUGCCACGUACUGGUAUUAAAUCACUUGGCACUUUUUGGGGCACCAUUAUUAGCACUGUUUUGUUAUUAAUAACUGGAAGCACUUAAUGAUUAUUUUGUUUAAUUUCGACCUAAGGAUGUUGAGGGUCAGAGAAGUAAUGUUUAUUUCUCGUUUAUGUUUUCUGGAAUUAAGACUCUUUGGAGAAAAGACAAAUGGAUUACCUAAUGAGCCAUUCUUUCAGGCUCUGUAAGGUAUGCUCUUUUGGCUAGGAUAUUUUAAAAUCAUUUACAAGCUUUAAAUAUUGUGCUUUAUAGAAAUCUAUGACUUUUCAAAUGAUUUGCAAUUGAUGGAAUACACUCAGCUUUGUAAACUAUCCACUUUUCUGGUUCUUUUCUGUUUACUCGUUGUUGCUUAUUGUCUAUUAGGCAAGGGACACGGUCCCUUCUAAGACAUUUCAUAUUUUCUGUUUUUGAGGGCAGUAUUACCAAGGCCUUUAUAUGUACAUUACAUUCAGUGCUUAUGUGAGAAGUAGCAAUGUCUUAUGACCUUCCCUGUUCACGAUUAGUGAAAUAAACUAAUAUGCAUAUAUGUAAAGAUAGAAAUUAAUGCAGUUAAAUUUUUUGAUCACUCGUGGCCUAUUUAUUCGGUCUGGCCAUUUGAUUUUCCUAAUCACAGUCAUACCGGUUUCUGCACUUUUGCCUUCAUGUAGUUUCACUGACCUCUGUGGGUAGGGAAGAUUAAAUAUGAAACACUCAGUCCAGUCAUUCUGCUACUGGUAGCUUUGGUUUGAGGUGAAUACAAUUUUUGACUAAAAUUAGUUUUUUAGAAUUAUACCCUUUAUUGGCCAGAUAAUUAAGUUGGCUUAAAAAAAAAAUGUGUAACUUUGCAUUUUGAUGAUAAUUUUUAAUGAGCCCUACUGGAUCUUCAGGCGUGGCUAUCACAUGAAAGCUGAAUGUUAUUAAAUAGUAAACAUUUGAUUUUCAUCCGCCCUGUGUCUGAUGCAGAAGAAAAGCAUAUGUCUGCUGUGGCAUUAACACUGGAGAGAAGUAUUCUUUUACAUCCCCGUCUUAGUUCGGGAUAUGCAGUAAUAAGAACUUGUCAGGGUGCUUCCCUCCAGCCUAGAUCGAUUUUCCCCCUUGUUUGUUGAAAUCGAUCUCUCACAAUAUCUAGUUUCCACCACUUCUGUGUACAUGGAAGGCUUCUGUGUAAUGCAGGCGCACACUUACCCAAAGGAAUGAAUGACGGGUAAUGCGUCACUAAUAACUUGUCUUAAAGUCAGUGUAAUUUACAUUAGGGAGACCUUCAAAGUAUUAAAAUUGCUUUUUUCUUCUUUUUCCUAACACUGCAGUUGACAUGAUGGUAACCACUACCAUUUAUUAAAAUCAUACUGAUUGUUGGUGCAGCGGGAGAGAAGCUGCCAUGGCUUCCAGCUCAGCAGUCUGACCUAGCCUGUUGGGAAGCAAAGGGGUGUUCUUUUAAGGUUGAUUAGGAUUGACUGUAGCCAGAGUUUCAAACUCUGUUCGAAUGUGGCGAAGAACCUUCACACACAGCAUGGGUAGGUGAGGACGACGAUGCGCUAGCACUUUGGGGGCUUUAUGAUAUGCUGCUUUUAAAAGGGAAAAGUGUAGCUGAUACUCAGUGCAUCUCCACACAUAGCAAGGGGUUGCUCUGAUAACCAAUCAGGUGACUGUUUUUUCUGUCACUUCAAGUUGUAUGCAAAAUUUUUGUUAAAUUCUGUAAUGGUCUUUUUAGAAAGAGGAUACGUCAAAAACAACUAUUUUUAUGCAGGAACUGACAGAGGAAUUUGCUUUGUAUAAUGGCAAGCUAGCUUUAAGAAAGCACUGUAGCAAAUUUACUGAAGUCCAAAACUAUGUAGACAUGUUAAUAGAUAUAUGUGCAACUAGAUAUGGACAAUUGUAUUUUUUUAAAUAAAUAUUUUUAACAAAA